UAUGUAGUCGUUCUUCUGGACCGCAGAUCGAAAUUUCAUCACCACUCGGAAGUUUGAUGUCUAACCUGUGAGAUGGCGAAAAGGGUUUGUUCAUCAGAUUUGCCGUCGCCGCCGUCUCUGCCACCAUCACACUGUGCAGAAGGGAAGAGGGUUUGUUCAUCAAAGUUGUCGGCUAUCACCAUCAAAAUCAAACUGGAGUUGUCUUCCCAGAGAUGUGUUAGAUUUAAUCAUUGACAAAUUGGCGAUUCUUUCUGAUAUAGUCAGGUUCGGUGCAGUCUGCAAAGCAUGGAAUUCGAUAGCUUUGGAUUACAAAGAGAGGCUCAAGAGGCUAAUCAACCACCCUUGGCAACUGUUGCAUAACCCAUUUGACGAAGCCACCAUGAUUUGUUAUGGAUGUUCUCAUGGUUGGUUGGUUUUCGAGAAAAUUCGCUCUCAAUUUGUAGUUUUGAACCCGCUUUCUGGGAAAACCAUUGAUCUUCCUCCUCUCAAGAGAGGUGGUAGAUGUGAACAACUUGGGAAGGUUGUAUUGUCGAGAGACCCAUCUUUGGGAUCGUUUGAGGUUCUUGUCAAUUACUCUAAUCGUUUCAAUAAGGGUGCUUUAGCCCAUUUGAAACUUGGUGAUGAAUUUUGGACCUAUAUUGAUCGGUAUAGUGAUUUGGGUACUCUUGAGGACAUUACAUUUUAUGACAAAUUGAUAUUUGGUGUCUCCUCCAAUGGAAGAAUUAUGUCCCUAGAGAUUGAUCAUGUGUGGAUUAAAAUUAAGGAGGAAAUUGUACCAAAUAUUUCAUGGAAAUUUCCUUUUAAUUCCUACUUUGUAGAAACUUCAAAAGGUGAUCUUCUUAUAGUUUAUGGUAGUAUGGAUGAUUAUGAUAAACCAUAUUAUGUUUACAAACUCGAACUUUCCAAUGGAGAAUUUCAAUGUAUUCAAGUUGAAAACUUGGGUGAUCAAUCUUUAUUUAUAGGAGCCAAUAAUUGCACAUUGGUUGUAGCAUCGAAUUAUCCUGGAUAUAAAGCAAAUACAAUUUACUGUUCAUAUUUGUUAAUGGAACGGUACACAGGUUCCGGACAUAUUUAUAAAGUCCAAGAAUUUAACUUGGAGGAUCAAAAUAUAAUAGAGGAUCGAAGAAGGCAUGGACUAUUCUUUGAGACCUCAUGGAUUGUGCCGUCAAUAAAUUUCUGACCAAAAAAAAAAAAAAGUUUAAUUUAUUAUCUCCAAACAUUUUUUUUUUUUUUAAGAGUGAUAUUUGUCACUUUUGGUGAAGUAAUGUACGUAUUUGUAGAUUAAGGUUUUACAUUUAUAUAUAUGGUAUGUAGAUUAUAUAAUUGGUUCAAG